GAACCAGGAAGAUGUUGACCAAAAUUAUUCUGCUGGCAGUGGCAGUGAUUUUCAAGGGUUGCCUGGCGAACUCCGAUGAAGUGCCCGGAAUUCCACAAUCGAUGGCAGCGAUGUUCCAGCCUGCACCGAUGGCGGAUUUUGCGUGCGCAAAUAACAAUUUCGGCAUUGGAUGUGUUGGCUGCAACAAAGUGUUAACCUGCCUUGGAACUAAACCGUCGGUUACUACGGAAUGCAACACAGUGUCCCCGUACACUCCAAACUGCGUUGAUGGUCAAUGUUCUGCUAAAACCAAUAUCGCUGGAGGAUGUAAAGCUAAAGCUAUAGAUUGUACAGGGGAAGGAAUAUAUCCUGAUCCAAGAAACUGUGAAAUCUACCACUAUUGCAGUGCAGCCAAUUCGCAAUCAGAUAUCUAUACGUGUCCUUCGGGAUAUGUAUUCAACGCCUUGACCGGAGGUUGCAAGUUAAAAGCUUCGGCAGAAGACUGUGUAGCAGUGAGUUGUCCAGCUAGCACUGGCUACGGCACUUUCAGUGCCAGUAAAUCGUAUUAUGCUUUCUGUCUUUAUUCGGGAUCGCCAGCUAUUCUCACAGACAUUAUAAUGAUGAAGUGCGCAACUGGUGCCACCUUCGAUGGCAACAAAUGUGUGUUUCAGUGUAGCACGGAAGGAAAUUUCGCUAAUAGCGACGACCCGACAACCUACUAUCAGUGUUAUCAGGAUAACGGAACAUGGGUAGUCCAACUUCAGAAGUGUCCUGGUAGUAAAAAAUUCGAUGCCACUAAACAAAUUUGCGUUUCGGCUUAGGACUUUAUUUUCGCUGAUUAGUUACACUUAACCUUCCGGUAGUCGCACUAGUGGACUGUCUACACAACAUUCGGAAACUCUAACGAAAUCGUCUAAGAGCCUGGUGCCUACACUGUCGUGCAGGUAGCCACUGCCAUGACUGUACGGAAGAUUACAAAUACGUAAUGUGGAACUAAUAUUGUUAAUAAAUUGUUCUGGUUCGCUUCUGUUAUGGAAAAA